UUACCGAGAAUAGGUGGAUUCACUUCAGGCUAAUCAUAUUCACGUUUUUGGCCACGUUAUUGCUGUUCGUCACUUAAUCCGUGGGUUUGUUGUGUAAGUCCUGGGGAGUCAGUGAACACGUUUACCAGUCGAACACAGAAACGCAGAAUCUGAAACAUCCGCCCCCUCCACCACUGACCAGAAUGGCUGGACACUCGCCGUUCCUCAUUGCCUUGAUGGUCGGCAACUUGGUGGCCUUCCUCGCCAACCAGUUCCUCAGCCUCCUGGGCAACACCAGAGAGUUUCUGGGGAUCGACUUAAAGCUCUACCCAAAUACGAUUGCAAACAUCUCGGACAAGCUAAUGCUCGAGAUCACGCCCUCUGGUCCCACCUUUAGCAUCUGGGGGGCCAUCUACGUGUGGCAGGCUAUCUGGACUAUCUACGCCCUCGUCAACAUCUGCCGCCGUGCCCCCGACGGCUACGUCUACAACAGCCCCGCCCUGCUCACAUCGACCUUCUUCAGCCUCUCCAUCCUCAACUGGUUUAUCGUCAUUUCUUGGACCUUCCUGUGGUGCUGGGAGCUAGUAUGGGCGUCGUUUGUGUUUCUGGCUCUCGCCGCUAUUUCCAUAUACACACUCAUUGGUCUUUCUUGCAAAGCCCUGGCUGAGCACUCCGAGACACUCAUCAAACAAGAGCGGAAAAAGGAGAUCUGGCUCAUCCGGGCAUUUGUUCAAAACGGACUGGCGUUUUACGGAGCCUGGUGCACCAUUGCUACUCUCCUGAACGUGGCCACUGCCCUGACCUACGGCGAACACCCCAGAUUUGACCAGAGCACGUCCAGCACAAUCGCAUUAAGUAUCCUGGCCGUGGAGCUUGUGGUAUUCUCCAUCUCAGACUGGACCGUAUUGGACAGGUAUACGAGGUAUAUAUUCAGCGAGUACAUCGUCGUGAUUAUCGCCCUUUCCGGGAGUAUCAUUAACAACUGGAAUCCCGAGAAGCGGAACUCGAUCUUCACUGCUGUAUUGCUGGGUAUGGCGGUGUUUUGUUUAGUCGUGAAGAUGAUCGUGAUGUUGUGGCGUCACUUCCGGGACACAGGCAGACAGAAAGUGUUCAUUCCAACGACAGAGUCAACGCAAGGCGGAACAGCGUGAAGUCACCAAGUUAAAACACACAUGAUGACAAUAUCUGAAUAUCUCCCUUUACCUCAAAACGGGCAUUAUCCCUUAUGAGCGAGUACAUCACCAUGGACUUUGUUUUUUGUGCACUUCUAGGAUUGAUACAAUCCCCGGCUGGUUAACCUUCUAUGUUAUAGUGAGGUUGCUAUGGUGACCCAUUGGACAAUGAUGCUCACCCUGUUGGACACUGGUGUGUUCCUGCACCGCCAUUCCAGCCUCAUUCACACUUCAAAAGACAUUACUGCAAUUACUGACUUUGUAAUACUUGACUCAACACUCAUCCAUCCUGUAAUGUGUGCCUGUAACUUGCCUGUGUUAUGUGUUUUUCAUGGUAUUAUUUUUUUUUCAUUUUAAUGUAAAUAUUACGUCAGCGUAUAUCACCUACCUUUGAUAGAAAUAAAGGUCUUAUUUUUCCAAAUGUUU